GGGGCUGUACAUAUUGUGGAAAUAUCUCAUUUCAGAAACCAUUAUCAGUGGCCCUAAGCUUUCAACGACGAGAACUCUUUCCUUGGAAUCAACCCUCUAGAACUCUUCUGUCCUAACCGGAAUCCCUUAAUCUGAGAUCACGUCUUGUUUGAUCCCACCAUGGCCCCCACUCUUCGCACCGUCACAACUUUCAAAGAAUUUUGUCUCGUGAUAGAUUGCAUGUGGGAGUCGUAUGCCGAUCCCUACAACCCGUUUCUGGGUAUCAUGGUCCCGAUCAAAGAACCCACUGCCGAAGGAGUAGCGACUGCAGUCCAGGGGCUCAAGGAACGAUUUUGGAAAUCUCAUAAAGCGGAUAAGGAUGAUUAUUGGGUGUAUAUUGUUAAUGUGGAGGAUCAAGGAGAGGGUGCUGGAAAAGUUUUGGCGGCAGCGAAUUGGGGUUUUUAUGAAGCGAGUCCGUUUGGGGGAGAAAAAGAUGGGGAAAGUGGUGAAAAUGAAGAUAAGAAUGGCAAUAAAGAUGCCGAAAAUGGUAAUGAGGAGGAAAAGGAAAAGAAAGACAAUAGCAUUAUGUCUUGGUGGCCCGAAGGCGAAGCACGCGAGUUUGUACAGACGGUUAUCUUCCAAGUAUUUGGUACGAGAGCCACAAGAAUGACAAGACCUCAUGCUCAUCUCUCCAAGAUGUUUACCCUCCCUGACCACUGUGGUCGUGGUUACGGAUCUUUACUCAUGGAUUAUGGAAUGUCUAAAAUCUCAGAAAUGGAUGUAGAAGCACUCGUAGAGGCCUCCGCCGGGGGAGUAUCACUGUAUGAGAAAUAUGGUUUCCGAACCAUUAAUAAAGUGCUCGUAGAUACCACUUACAAGAACGGGAAACCAGGAUUUAUUUGGCGUAAGAUGGCGCAUGAGUGCAAGGGAGAGACUACGUGGUGGAUGUGGAAACCGAAACCGAGUGAUGGGGUACUUUAUAAGCCAGGAAUGGAGUUACCGUGGGAGAAGAAGUAAGAGAGCUUGGGUCGGUAGAUGUGGGAUUUUGAUGGAACCAUGGCUGAAGCCCAGGAAGUCGCAAGAGGUAUAGUAUUGGAUCGGGUCAUCUCAAGAUUUUGCUUCUUGUAUUCUCUUUAUGGGCCGAUCAAAAAGAAAAGAUGUGAACUUGUAGAGUAGAGGUAGGCAGCUUGCUAUUUGCAUCGACACAGUAGAAGUUAUUGAAGUAGAAGUAAUGGUAUCGAAAUUUGAAUACCCACCAU